CUACAACACCGUCCAGCAAUUCAACGACAAAUACUUACGCACACCUUGUGUCUAGUUCAUUCAAGUCUUCAAUAAACAGCAGGACAUUUGCUGUCCCACGAACCCCUCAUCUCCAUACUAAACCGUCUGUCAACGGGCCGAGCCGAGCGCUCGGCCAAAGACUACUAAUCACUCCAUCUACCGAGGAUGACCGAGCCUGGACCUCUAUAUCAACUCACAGCAUCUCGAUAUGCCAGUUGAGACCUACUCUUCAACAACUGGCAUGAUUAAUUUGUCUAAAUACAGACAUCAUGAUCACUCGCUCGCCUAACCCUGUCGCCCUAGUAGUGGGCGCCUCCCGAGGCAUUGGCCGCCAGAUCGCUAUCGAUCUCGCGAAGAACGGAUACACCGUAAUUAUAGCCGCCAAAUCUGCCACCUCCCCUGACACCACAGCACCCUUCCCACCAGACCCCAACUCUCCCGCCUCCACCAUUCACACCGUUGCCCGCGAAAUAGCCCUUGCCGGAGGCACCGCCCACCCCAUUCAAGUCGACGUGCGCGACCCCGCCCAGGUCGAGAAUCUGGUGAGCGAGACUGUACGGAUUACCGGUGGUCGGCUGGAUGUGCUAGUCUACAAUUCGGGUGCCAUAUGGUGGUCGUCUGUUGCGAAUACGCCGCUCAAGAGAUUCCAGCUGAUGCAGCGGGUCAAUCCGGAGGGACUGUAUGCGACUAUCAUGGCGGCGUUGCCGGUGUUUGAGAAGAAUGGGUGGAAAGGCAGAAUUGUGGUGGUUUCGCCGCCGAUCUAUUCGAGGUUCUUCAGGGGAAAGACGGCUUAUGCUAUGGGCAAGGUCGGGAUGAGUGUGCUUACUCGUGGCUUGGCCAUGGAUUGGGUGAGAGAGGGAAAGUCUGAUAUGGCUAUUACUAGUAUAUGGCCUGCUACGGCUGUUGAAAGCGCAGCAACCGAGAUGAACCCUGCGAAUGAUGGCGAUUCGCGAAAGGCUGACCUGAGGAAGCCGACGAUCUUCUCCGACGCAAUCCUCGGGAUCUUGAACACUCCAACACAGACUGUGAACGGGCUCCUAGCUCUCGAUGAGGACUUUCUGCGUGACUACUGUGGAGUGACAGAUUUCUCCAAGUACUCCGUUAUCCCCGGGAGCAGCCCAAGACGCAUGAUGCCGAAGGAGAUGCCCGUACUAGAAGUCGCAGAGCAGGACGAUGAGGGGGUGAGGAUGGAUAGCAGUAAAGCGACAGGAGGAGCGAAGCUAUAACGCCCCCAGCUUUACAAUACAUUCAAGUAUCUAGUGCAUGCCCUAUCAAGAUAUCUCAAUUUACCUACCUACAUUACACCAUACUCCCCCAACCCAUCCACCAUCUACCACACCCCAAUUAACCCCAAAUUAACCACGCCCACUCAUCAACUCAAAU